AUGCAGGAAGAAGGAGUGAUUUACCCAGUGAAUUUUAGUCAAUGGGCGACCCCAUUGGUCUGUAUACCAAAGGCCGAUGGAAGAGUACACGUUUGUGGAGACUAUAAAGUAACAGUAAACCCAAGUUUACAUUGUGAUCAAUAUCCAAUUCCAACUCCAGAGGAGGUAUUUACUAAACUGGGGGGAGGAAAACAAUAUUCAAAAAUUGAUAUGAAAUGUGCAUACCAACAGUUAGUUUUGGAAGACGAGGCACAAGAGGUAGUAACGAUAAACACACAUCGCGGUCUAUACCGAUACACGAGAUUACCGUUUGGAAUUUCUUCGAGUCCAGCCAUAUGGCAGCGAUUCAUAGAACAAGUAAUAGCAGGACUAGAAGGGACAUGUGCAAUAAUGGACGAUGUCCUAGUCACUGGCUCAUCCGACACAGAGCAUAUCAUGAAUUUAGAGAACUUAUUUGAGCGAUUCAACAAAUAUGGUGUCAGAGUUAAGGCAGAAAAAUGCACAUUUCUGCAAAGAGAUGUAGUGUAUAUGGGACGGAAGCUGUCACCAAUGACGCCAUGGAUCUGGCCAAAUCAACCUUGGAAGCGCAUACAUAUUGACUACGCGCAGAAAGAUAAGCGAGAUUAUCUAGUAGUUGUUGAUUCAUAUUCGAAAUGGCCCGAGUUAUUUGCAUGA